UCAUAGUGGUGUGACGAAUUAAGCCAAUCGUGGAUCACUUCCUGUGCACGAGUUUUACGUGCGCGUUAUUUCCACACAGUUCGAAGGGAGGCAGACGACACAUUUAUUUGGAAAAUGAAAAUUUCACUUAAACAGACUAUUAUUGGUAUGCUGACAGUCUUCUCUGAUGUAACAUUGAUUGAAGACAUUACCAAAUUCACGUACCUGGGCCGUAAAAUUGGCACAACUGGUGGCACAGACAAGGACAUCAAGGCCAGGGUCAGAAAAACCCAAUAUGCUUUCAUCACAUUAAGAAUUAUCUGGAAAAGCACUGUCCUAUCCCUGAAAACCAAGCUGUGGAUCUUCAGCUCUAAUGUUCGUUCUGUCCUGCUUUAUGGGUUAAGAAACAUGGAGAGCAACCAAGAUCAGCUCCAUCAAAAUACAGACUUUCAUCAACAAGUGUCUCGGACAGAGCCUCCGCACCAAGUGGUUGACGAUAAACCAUGACUUGUGGCAAGCAGCAAACCAAGACCCAGUCUAUGCCCAGAUCAAGGGACAAUAGUGGUGUUGGAUUGGACAUAUGCAAAGGAAGCACAAAACAAAUAUCACCAGACAAGCGCUUAACUGGAACCCAAAAGGCAAGAGGAAAAGAGGACGUCCAAAACAGACCUGGAGACGAAGCCUUGACAAGGAACUACUCAAGGAGUAAGGAGGAUUAGGUCGGCAUUUCAGCUGCUGCCUGACGAUCAUGGCAUUGCCAGUUUCAAGCAUCAAGGCAACCAAGGGGUCCAUAGUAUCAGCCUUGACAUACAGCUCAAAAUGUUUUGUACCUGUGCAAAGCCAGAAGGGGUUCCAUUCUUUUACCAGAUACUGUACCAAACCCACAAAGUACAUUGGCCAAUUUCUCCAGAGUUCAACAAAUAGUAGCAUGAGUAAACUGUCCAGUAGGACUAAAGUGUCCGGAAAUCUCCAGAUUGGAAGUGAUCGCCAACAGACAUCUUUAACAUGCAAGAAACUGGAAAAACACACAUGUCGUCUGUCCGAUCCCCGGAUUCUUAGUGCAUUAUUGUCUACAUCACUGAGUCAUCUGGACAAGUACAGAGGGACAUCUGACCUGGAGAACAUGCCUGAUCUGAAGAGCUUCCUUAGUGAGGUUGGGACUGACCCCAGGGAGGCUCGCUACUGGCUGAAACAGUUCACCACCUCAGAACCUAAGAAGCCUUUUGCAGUUGUCCAGGUGGACCCGGAAAUCUUUCAGGAUCAGAAGCAGCUGGAACACCUGACCUCAUGUCUGUCUUUUCUUCAACGGAACAGCAUGCGGCCUGUGCUUGUCUGUGGGAACCAUAUUGCAUCAGGUCAUCGGUUCCCUCUGGAGGAGCUCCAGAGACUGAAGACCCAGGCUGUGAUAUACAGCACUGUGCUGACCAGUAUGUUAGAGGCCAACAGGGUGCACUGUCGGCCACUGUUUAUGGGAAGCCAUGUCAUCCAGGCUGAGAGAGCUAAUGGUGCCAACUAUUGUGGGACUCUGUGUAACAUCAACACAGAGAUCAUUGAGUGGUGUCUGCAGACAAAACACAUUCCAAUAAUUCUGUCGUUUGGAGAGACCGCCAGUGGCCAGCUUGUAGCACUGGACCUGUGGAGUGUAACGGAGGGGCUGGCCAAGGCUCUGCAGCCUUUGAAGGUCAUCAAGGUUAAUGCUUGUGGAGGUUUCGUUGAUGAAGUUGGAUCUGUGGUGGCAAAUAUCCAUCUACCCGUGGAUCUGGAGACGUCUGGGGACAAACCCUGGUGUACACCUGUCAUCAGAUCUAGUAUAGAGCGGGUAUACAAAUUGUUGUGUGACAUGCCAAGGGACAGCUCAGUCGUCAUCACAGCUGUAGACAAGAUGUUGAAAGAGCUCUUCACUCACAGAGGUUCAGGAACAUUCUUCAAGAUCACAGAACCUAUUCACAGCUAUUCCACCUUGGAGGGUAUUGAUAUCGAAAGACUGACAGAACUCUUUACUAUAUCAUUUAGGAAACCAUUAACAGUAGACUAUUUCAAGUCUAUUGAGGAACAGCUUCAUGCCGUAUACUUGUCAGAAAGCUACAAUGCAGCAGCAGUGAUCCUAAAGGAUGAUAUGGAAGUACCUUAUCUCUGCAAGUUUGUUGUGUCCGUUAAAGCCCAGGGAGAGGGUACAGGUGAGAUGCUUUGGGAGACAUUGAAGAGAGACCAUAAACAGCUGUACUGGCGGUCCAAGGGAGACAACCCAAUCAAUUCAUGGUACUUCAGACAGAGCGAGGGAAGUUGGAGCAACAGAGAUUGGACUGUGUUUUGGUAUGGCAUCCACCAGCCGAGCCUGUCCUCCAAAUUGAUAGAUUCAGCCAUCUCCAAGGUACAGUCCUUUGAACCAGCUAUUCAAAUGAAAAACGAAACCAAACUGUCACAAACAGAUGUUUCCAAAGUACUUUGAAACGUUUUACUUCAACCAGACUGAGACAAGCUGGAACUGUAAUUCUUCUACCUGGCAUAUUGAAAUCUUUGGGAAAAGUGUUGGACAUGAUACAGAUACAGCCAUGUGGAUAUCACGUGUCUUUUGGUCUUUCCAAUAAAAAAUGAACUGGAAACUUC